CUGCCCCAGAGACGCCGAGGUGCGCAGUUGCAUCGGGAGAGAAACCGCUGCUCGGAGAUCCGAGCCGCAAUCCAGCCAGGCCGGAAGCCCAGUCCUACUGGCCUCUGCUUUUACUGACUGAAGCAGCAGACUACUACACAGCCUCAGAUGGACAUAUUCCACUCUAGCCACACUAAUCUCAGAUUCUGAUUUUAAAUGGGCGUCGCACUUGCACCUUCUGUCCCAGAGUUUUGUGAUUAUAGAAUUUAUUAUUAUGCAAGGAUUUAACACACCAAAAAGAUGAUCGGGAGCUGCGCUUUUGGCUGGAGAAGCCUGCGAUCGACUGAAUGCAACACAUAGACAACGAAAGGAAAGGAUUAUUUUAUGGGUUUGCAUCCGAUUUCCAUGACCUUCCCCGUCCGGAUUUCGGAUUAAAAACUAAUUCCGCGGAAUGGAAGGACGGGAUUUUGCUGCUCCGGCGCACCUCCUUUCGGAGCGGGGCGCCCUGGUGCACCGAGCCGCUUCUCGGAUCACUCCCUCGGGCCACAGCUCCGUGCAGCACGCCGGUCACUUCCCACCGGGGAAGUACUACCCGUCGCACAUACCGAUGGCUCCCCACUCAGGCAGUGGAUUGAUGGGAAACUCAUCGGCCUCUUUCAUGGGGACCUUCCUGGCCAGUAGUUUGGGUUCCCCGCCGUCUCACCCGCCUCACCCUUCCAGGCCGCCCUCCUCCCCUUCUUCGCCCUCCUUCCGAGGCGGACCCCACUCCAGCGCCUCGCAGAUCUGGUUUCCUCAUUCCCAUGAAGGUCCAGGAUAUCCUCGGUUUUCAGGGAGUCUGGCCCACACUUUCCUUCCAAUGAGCCACUUAGAUCACCAUGCCAAUGGUGGUGUUCUCUAUGGGCAGCAUCGUUUUUAUGAUACACAAAAAGAAAACUUUUACCUGCGGGGUCUCCCAUCCCAGCCAUCUCUCAUCUCAGCCAACCACAGCCUGCCAUCAAUGUCUAGGACAGGUUCGGGACACUCUCAGGGGUCCUGCAACAGGGACAGAGAUCAAGGCAUAGGGACAGGUAUUCCUAAAGGUCUUAAAGAGGGAUCAAUGGAGAGAGUAGUACCUGUCAAAGACAAGGAAAGGUCGAGCAGUAAACAAGAUGCUAAAGAGCGACAGCAACAACAGCAGCACCAGAACCACCAGACACCCCAGACCACACAUCUCCAUCAUUCUCACACCCAUCAGCAGCAGCCUCACUAUUCACAGCAUCCACUGCCUUUAGAGGAGGUCAAUAGUAGAGCCCUGGAGAGACACAAAGCAUCGCUCACAAUGGAGUACACUAAAGAUCACAAUCAGAAUAUGAGCAAGCCCCUUAGUGCUUGCUUACAUAAUGGCAAGAUGCCAAAUGGAGAUGCAGGAGCCACAACAGGGUCAAAAGUCUCCUUGCCAAGCUGUGGUGGAGAGGGCACAACCCUUCGAUCAAUGGGGGAUGGGGGUAACAGCCAGGGGAGGCAUAUAGGGUCCAAUGGCAAUGGGCGCUGCACCAAAGAAGGAGUAAGUGGUGAGAUGAGGAUUAGUGAACAGCCUUCUGAUUGUCUGGAAAGGGGUCAGGCAUCACUUCACCACUCUCUGCCCUAUUCGGUACCCCCACCCUUGCACAUGGGUUCUGCAACUGGAGGAGCACACAGUCAUACCCACCCUCACGCUCACCCCCAUUCACACCCUCAUCCAGGGGGAUUCCAUUGCCUUCAACUCCACCCCAGCCAUCCACACCAUCCGCAUCAUUCCCACCAUACGCACCACCAUCCAGAUUUUUUCUGUCCACCCCCACCUGGUCCUUUGGCCAACUCUGCCUCUCAAGAUAGGGGGUCAAUCAAUAUAGGACGGGAGCCUAAGGUUACAGGGCCAACGUUUGUUUCACCUGUGGCAGAUCUAGGGGACAAAUCAAAUGGACCAUUUCAGCUUGGUACCCCUGACUGCCAUGGAAUUGGAAACGGAGGAGGUACCAAUUCCAAGGACAAAACAAUAGAAAAGAAUGGUAGUGGGCAUCAUAGUAACUGGCAGAGAAAACAGCAACAACAUCCAUACAGAAAGACAGAGAAGCCUGUAGAUUGGAUGCAGUCUCACCAUCAACAUGUUCAGUCCUCACAGAUUUCUCUCCAACCCCAGCAGCAGCAACAACAACAAAAAACACCCCAGUCUCAACAACAGCACCAAGUGGUCCGAUCCCGGAGUGCAGAGUGUAUUAACAGUUCGGUGGACAUGGAUGUGUUUAGACCUACACUUUCCCAGGGACCAAAAGCAGGGCACUCUGUCCCUCAUUCUGUCAACUCCUCUCCUUACAGAGACUGUUCCCAUCAGGGACCUCCACCUAAUUCUUCCCCACUUGGAAACAAAAACAUGGGACAACAUGCAGGGGGUGGAGCAGCUCAUGCUUCUGGAGGCAGCUGCUCCUUACAGAGAGAAGGCCAAAAGGUAGCGAGGAUUCGUCACCAGCAGCAUGGGAGAUCUGGCCCAGACGCCCCCUCUCCAGCUGAGAUGAAUCAGAAUAACAGUCAGGAGCUUAAAAGAAAGAUGGACAUGUCUCCUUAUGGUUAUAACAACAGUAGUGGGCAACACCACCAUCAGCAACAACCUCCAGUACCUCCUUGGGGCAUGAGGCCUCCCCAUCAUAUAUCACAACCUGAGGAGGAACAGAGGAGGUCCUACAUGGAGUUAGGAGGCCCAGGUGGGCAGCACCAACAAUUGCAGCAGCAGCAAGGAUUAGGCCUCCCUCCUCCACAGCCCCCAAAUGCACCCACUCAUGCUCAGCAACAGCCGCAACAGCAGGUGGACCCCCAGGGUCCAACUCAGGGUGAGAGCAGUGCCAUGAAGAGCCUGCUGAAAUACAGCAACCAGCAACAGCCAUUACUUCUCUCUCAGAAGAGCCCAUUUGGAGGCCUGGGAAGUCUCAAAUCAGGUCCAGCAGGAGGAAGUUGUGCCCUCCAGGGCAACAAGCAGACUCUCCCUUCCAGGAAGGUCCAGGCUGAUGGCGAGCGUGCUGAUUACAGUGGACGGAGCCGAGAAAUGGGUGAGGCUGGUCAUGGUGAAAAUGAAGUGCGCCAGCCACCGGUGGGAAUUGCAGUGGCAGUGGCCCGACAAAGGGAGCCUCCAUGCCGUUCAGGAGACAGUCACCCCAACAGCCGUCAGGCACGAGUACAUAACUCUGUGAAAGGGCUGCCCCGCUCCAUGUAUCCCUUGGAUCCCAAUGAGGAAGAAAGGAAGAGGAUUAAUGAAGAGCAAAUGGGUCUCACUUGCCUGGAUAGAGAAAGAGAUGCGUACAUCAGGGAUAAUAAAGAACGUGUGGAGUUUGCGAGGAUCCAUCCGUCCAGCAGCUGUCAUGGAGACCUCACCUCUCAUCUCAUGGUCCCUGGUGGGACUCCCCUUCAGUCUGGCCAGUUAGGAGACCCUGCUGCUCAUUCUGCUCACCAUCAUUGGAUGCCAAGAACUGGAAGUUCAUCCCUCUGGAUGUCCGGGCACUCCUAUGCGGGUAUAGGUCAUGCUCCCUUGCAUCAGAACCUUCCUCCAGGUUUUUCUUCAGCAAUGCCAGGUCCUCUGCAGCCAGUCCUUCCUCUGCCACAGGACCCCUCAGCCCAGUUAGUGGUCCUGCCCUCCGAGCCUACAGCUCAUCCGGCCCCACAUCACCUGGAUGUGAUUGAGCAGCAAGGGCUGUGGCCCCCUGUCUAUGGCGCACGGGGACCAACCUCCCAUAUCCAACAUCCUGCUGUGUAUUCCCGAUCUCAGUUUCUACGGCAACAGGAGCUAUAUGCCUUCCAGCAGCACCAACAGCUCCAGCAUCAGCACCAGAGUCACCAGUCGCAGCAGUUGCAACUACCGUCUCAGCCUCAGCAGCAACACAGAGCUACACACAACAUGCAGCAUCAAGCCACACACAAUGAACAGAUACACAAGAGACCGGAAGAACCAUCAAAUGAAUUAGAAGAACUGAUAACAGAGCCAAGAUCAUCCAAACCUGCAAAGAGCUACUCUUAUAACCCCCCACAGAGAAGCACCUCACCCCCUGGGGCCUGUGCCACUCACUUGUCCCCUUGUUACCAGUCCCCCUCACUCCGCCAACAUCCCAGGAGUACUCCUUCUACACCCUGCCCAGCACCCAGCCCGAUGGCAGCGACACCUCACUCCCCUGCAAUUAGUCCUGCACCUCCUCAGAUGCUCAAGGAUCCUGAAUCCCAAGACAAGAGAAUCGAGGGACAGGCCCCUCAAGAUUACCCAGAGUCUCUGGAACCUGAUUUGCCUCCUGGAUAUACUUACCCAGCUAUUACCCUGGGCUACAGGAACGGAGCAUCCCCACAGAACGUUCGCCUGGCUGAGGCAGCCCAUUUGGAAGCGGUCCAGACAGAACCUGAUGCAAAUGGUCCCCAGACUCUUUCUAGUCUAGGAGAGGAGUUAGACUGUCAAGUGCCAGUUAUGUCCCUUGCAGAACCACUCCCACUCAAGGAAGUAGAGCCAGGAGAGGAGGAAAGUGUGAAUGAAAGAACUCUUGAACUGAGGGAGGAGGUGGAUGUCACAGUGAUGACAUCAGCCAACUAUAUGCCUGAAGAAGAGGGGGCAAAUGUAGCGGAUUCAGCUGAGGCAGAUGUGGUGACUGCCCCCCCUGCUGUGAGUUCAGAGUCUGAGAUGGCUUCCUGUCCCUGUCCACUCACGACAGAGCAACCCACUGGGCCAGAGGCUGUCAUUACUUUAGUGGAGGAAGAUGAUGAUGAGCCAGUGGGUGAGGAGAGUCAGGUGGUACAUGAUCAAAAGGUCAACUUGAAAGCAGAGCAGGAAACAGUGUUGCCUGCUAUCAUAGAGCUUGACCCUGCGUCCCCUGCUGCCAUUGAGUCGUCAUGCACAGAGCCAGCGGUAGCAAAGGAGAUUGAGCACGAGAACAAGAUGACCCCAGAGGAUGCAUCAGUGGAAUGUCUGUGUCCUUCACCUGCCUCAGGUUCUGCCUGUAGUGAAGAAACUGUUACUGUGCCCCAGAAACCUUAUGUGCCCUGCUACUGGAGUCUGGAGCUACUGAUUGCUGCUGCUUUUUGCACAGAUGUACCCCCAUUUCCCUUGUAUUCCCAUAGCACACCAUCAACUGUGCCGUCAAAGAGCAUUCCCAACCAGGGUAUGGAGCUUCUAAGUGAGCUGGCAGAUCUGGAGCUUCAGCAGAUGAAGCAUGUCUGUGGGAAAACCGCAGAGGAGGAUCUGCUCAUGUUUGAUCUUCAAAGCCUUGCCACCCUGGCCACAGCCCGUGCCUUGGAGGCGGGAUCCCAGAAAAGCAGUAAAACUGAUCCAGAACAAAACUUUCCAGCUCGUAGGAUCUUCAAUUUACGGAGAAAGUUCAGCUGGGCACCUCGCAAUGAACCAGUAUGCCCAGCUAAAGUUAGCAUGGAAACAAUGGAUGGCCCUGAGCUUGCAAUGCGUGUAAAAUUGGCUGAGAUACAGCGGCGCUACAAAGAGAAACAAAAGGAGCUGGCCAAACUUCAGAGGAAGCACGAUCAUCAGAAGGAGGAAACACCUCGUAGCCCUGCAAGACGAGGACCUGGGCGUCCAAGGAAGAGGAAACCCACCUCAAACACAUGUCCUGUGUCCUCAAAUGAGGGCCAGAGAAAAGUCAAGUCGGCGGGGGUGGGGCUCAGCUCAUCGCCUGAUGACCUAGGAGGGGGCGGAGAGACCCAGAGAAAGAAGAAGAGGCUGUCUGGUCAAGGCUUUGAGCGGCUCAGCAGUGCACAGAUAAAAGUGCAGAGCUGCAGAAAAAGCAGUGUUCACAGCGUGCUCAGCUCCAAGCUGGCUGGUGAUGUAGCUCCUCUCAAACAGAAGGGCCCAGCUAAGAGGAGUCUCUCAGGAACAGGCUCAAGGGACAAAGAAGGCUCACCUUCCAGCUCAAACCUCAAGCAUGCACAAAGAAGUCAGGGUGGAAUCAAAAGUGAAUCCAGGCGAGAGUCUGGAGGACAAAGUGACACAGCAGCCAGCAUGGACAGUACUACCCAAGAAAGCUGGUCAGGACAGGGGAGGCUUGGAAGUAAGAAAGCAUCCAUGCAGACACAGGGUUCCUCCUAUUUUAGCCAGAACCGAUCAAAGGUUCCACGUGGUCAGAGGCAGGAAGCAGGAAAGGAGGAAGAAAGCUCCUCAGCAGAAAGUGACUCCUCUGACCAAGAAGACGAAGAUGAAGAGGGCAGUUAUGAAACAGAUGAAGGUCAUGAUUUCCGAAGCCAACCUUCAAGAGAAAUCACUUCAAGCUCCUCCAUGAUGGGCCCCAGUCCUUCAUCUAUUGUGAAACUGGAAGCAAAUCAGAAAGCCAGGAACAAAAAACAGAGGCAGGAAAUGUAUGGCUCCCAGAUUCUAUCAAUUGCAGAGGGUGAAGUCAAAGUAAAGAAGAAACCCAAAAAUAGGCAGGGCAUCGUCCCUGCUGUGAAAAACCACCAGCAUCAGCGGCCUGAGGGAGGAAGGAAACAAUGUGGAACCAAAUCGAAGGAAUCCAGGUGGGGGAGCCUAGGGACCAGGGGCAGCCGUUAUAGGAAGGCUUUUGGAAUGGCCACAUUCCCGACAACUAGUGAAAGGCUGAAGAGGGCAACACGCAAGAGCACAAUGUUGAGAGGAACAAUCAGUAAGAGGAGAUGCUGCUGGUCAGUCGGAACAUUGUCCACACAGGGUGAUGAUGGAAAAAGCAUGGACCAACAGUCGAAAGGACGAGCUGUAAGUCGUCUUCUGGAGAGCUUUGUUGCUGAUGAGGGCUUUCAGAUAGAUGGCAGCAGCUUCUCGGAGGAGGAGGAGGACCGCAGUGUUCCAAACAAGAGAAACCUGAAAAUACCUAGCUGCAUCCUGACCAAAGAACACCUAUGUGAUGGACUGAAGGUCCUGAUCUCCAAGGAGGAUGAGCUUCUAUAUGCUGCCAGGGUCCACACCCUAGAGAUCCCAGACAUUUUCAGCAUUGCUAUCGAUGGUGAAAGGGGAAACCGACCAAGAAUCUAUUCACUGGAGCAGCUGCUGAAGGAAGCCGUCUUAGAUAUACGUCCAGAGUCUGAGGCAGUGCUGACUGAUGGAACCAGAGUGUGUGCUUAUUGGAGUGAACGAUCGCGCUGUUUGUACCCAGGCUACGUUCGAAGAGCUUUGUCUCUUGCAGGUGGUUCAUUUGAUGAGGGGAAACCGGGAGUGAUGGUCGAAUUUGAUGAUGGAGAUCGAGGAAAGAUUUCCCUCCCAAACAUCCGACUUCUUCCUCCAGGAUAUCAGAUUCAAUGUGAGGAAUCAUCUCCUGCCCUGCUGGUACCGAGUGGCACAUCAACCAAGAGAAGUUCCAGUCUGGAGCAAGCCCCGAUCAGUGAUAGGCCUUCUGACAGACUCGGCUCAUCCGGUUAUGUACCAAACACCCCAAGCCUCACUGUUAUCAAAAGAAGACCUGGGAGACCAAAAGGCUCAGGGAAGAAACAAAAGCAGCAGCAGGCAGAAAAUGCCAACAAAUAUCCUCCAUCAUUCCUGGGUUGGGGUUCGCUGGCUAACUCCCGGAAGAGACCUGCUGACAGUCCCUUUCAGUUCAAUGGUGCUCCCAGGAAAGCGUUAAGAGGGAAGGAGGAUGCCUUGUUUCCUAUUUCUCAGAUGCAGCCAAUGGCCUCCCAACCAACCAAAGGUCUUUUCAGUAGCAGCUCCUUUGAAGUGGAUUCUUUUAGAAGUAUUGCAAAUGGGUAUUCCUCCUUCUGUAAUCAGUCUUCUGGCCCUGGUUUAUCUUUGGUUCCAAGGACAGGCAUAUACAAUGAGAAGCGAAGGCAAGAUGAUUUGGGUGCACCAAGAAGCAGAAAGUCUGGGCAGGAGUUUCUCAUCAAAUUGGAUCAUGAAGGAGUGACAUCUCCCAAAACAAAGAACAGCAAGGCAUUGCUGUUGAGAAGCGAACAUUCUAGCGGGGGUAGUAUGCCUAAAACAGAGGCAUACUCUCAUCCAGUCCUGUUAGUUAAAGAUAACAAGAAAGGUGGUUCCUCCAGAGUGGAACUUCUCUUAAAAGGAGCAAAUUCACAAAGAAAGCCCUCUCCUUCUCUACGACAAGAGAAAUACGGCGAGUUGGGUUUCAGUUCUCACAGAGAUAGUCACCCUUCAUACUCUGACCUGGAUGAUGAGGAGGAAGAGGAAGAGAGGAGGCGGACUGCAAUGGCUGCAGCUACAGGAAGACUCAGGAUGCCUGGCCGUUUUCUUUCACGCCUUUCUGUCUCCUCCUCCUCUUCUGGUUCUUCAAGUUCUUCUUCUUCAGGCUCGCUCUCCAGUUCCAGUGUGUGUUCAUCUGACAACGAUUCAUCUUACAGUUCAGAUGAUGAGGAAAGUUCAGCACUGAUGCUGCAGAGUUGCCUGUCCUCUCACCAGGGGAUGCUGCCGUCGUCUGAACCUUCUACUUCUUCAAGGCCUCAACAGCACUCCUUUGUCGCCAAAGCCGUGGCUGUUUCUAGUGCCAAAGGAGGCUCAUCUGAACAACUGUCCAACAGCAAGUCCUUAAAGAAAAAAGAAUGCAUAACUGGAAUCUCUAAACCAACAAAGGAAUGCAUGAAGAAACCACGGAUGCUUCCUGACGACCCAUCAUUUAUUCCAAGACCCAAGGUAUCUGCAUUCCUGGCUGGCAGGCAGAUGUGGAGGUGGUCAGGAAAUCCUACACAGAGACGUGGCUUAAAGGGCAAGGCCAGAAAGCUUUUCUACAAGGCAAUUGUACGAGGAAGAGAUACCGUAAGAGUUGGUGAUUGUGCAGUUUUCCUCUCCGCUGGACGUCCUAACCUCCCAUAUGUGGGCCAAAUCGAGAAUUUCUGGGAAUCCUGGACCUCAAAAAUGGUUGUCAAAGUUAAAUGGUUCUACCACCCUGAGGAGACCAAACUAGGCAAGAGGCAUCGCGAUGGCAAGUACGCCCUUUACCAGUCGUGUCACGAGGAUGAGAACGAUGUCCAGACAAUCUCUCAUAAGUGCCGGGUUGUGAGCAGGGAGGAGUACGAGUGUCUGACUCAAAAUCAGAAACCGAACAGUAUUUAUCCAGACCUCUAUUACCUGGCUGGGACAUAUGACCCCACCACCGGUCAGCUGGUCACUGCAGAAGGGGUUUCCAUCAUGUGCUGAGCUGCGAUAGGAACACUACUGAAGAACUUCUUAGGAGGAAGGUUUUCAAAUUGAAAACAGUACGGGUGAGCCUGAAAGGUCCGCUAACUAAAUGUUGAUUGCCAAAGCAGGGCUUUCUGCGAUUACACUGGAGUAUGCUGGCAUCUAUAAAAGUCCGGGUCUUCCUGGGGAUCACAAACUUGAACAAGUGGUGUGACAAUUCCAUAAUGAACCGUUAUUUUUUUUCUAGAAAAAAGAUUUCUAGACUAAAAACUGGUUUAAGACUUCUUCUAUUGGCUCUUAUCCAUUGUUACAGGAUGCGAGCUGAGAUUGCACUGGAUGGUGCAAAUUAACACGAGGCCCAAAUGUUCACUGUUUAGUUACUAAAGGCUGGCCUUGUCUGAGUGAUUGGAAGGAAACCUUAUGGCAUGUGGAGCUUCUUCAUGCCUUUUUCAUUCCAGGAGAACUGAAAACAUGUCAUGGUAAAAGACUGUAAAAUUGAAAAUGUCUGUAAAUAUUUUGAAAUCUUCCCCAACCAAGCCAUACACUUCAGUACCUCUCACCUGUCUUAACUGUUCAGGUAUACAUUGUACAGUUCAGUUAUCGUUUUGUUGUCUUUUGUCUAUAUGUAUAUAAAAGCUAUUUUAUAUUGGAGUUUAUUGUAUAUAUGAGAUGUAUCUUUCCAUGUUUGCAAUUGAUUUAUUUUUAUAUGGGUGUAGACUACAUUGUAUUGUGUUUUUAUUUUUUUUCUUCUGCUUUUGGGGAGUCAAGAUUAAAGAGGUUAGUGUUGCACUGCAUAAACCCUGCUGAGACAGACCGAGACGGAGAGAGCACAGACAGAGACAGAAGGAUUUAAUCUGUAACAGGAGAAGACUCACUUUCUCAAAGAAAGUAAUCAUCCUGUUAGAAAAAAAAGUGUUUUACUUUUAAGUGUUACUUUGUUUUUGCAGCUUCUUUUUUUAAGUUUAUGUAUAAUCUAUCAUCAUCCCACGACGAAUUCCAUUGGACAGGUAUCACUGGUCAAAAAUGAGUGUACCGUUCUGAGUAUAUUUGUGUGAGAUGAGUGUCCUGGCAUCACUAUAAUCAUGUCCACACGAAUAAAUAAAAAAAUGGGUGAAAAUGUGUUUAAUGGGUGUUGCACUCAUCAGAGCAUAGUUUAGCACAUUAUGGCCUACAGAAUACCAAAGUGUCUUUCGAGAAUUUAUUUCCUUUAUGUAAAUUAUUGCUGAAGCACCUGUGCAAAAUUCAGAUAAGAAAUCACUGGUAACUUUUAAGUAGGCUUGUCCUCCACUGUGUGCAUAUAAAGUAUAUUUGCUCUGCAAUGUGACAAUGGUUUGUUGCACUCGUACCUGCAGAUUUGUUCUGUGCAAAUAUAUGCACAAUAAAUGCCAUCUCUAGGGAUGUGACAAUUAAAAGUCAAAGUACUGGCAAAGGUAAAUAUUGAAAGUAUGUUUGAAAUUAAUUAUUUUACGUUAUUUUGCCAUCUGUGUCUGUUUUGUACAGCCCAUACAGAAUCUCAGUGCUAACUGUGAAGGACAAUCAGAUUCACAAAACAAUGGAUGAAGUAGGUUCACUCAGUCUGAGAAUUUUAUUUGAUCUGUGCCAAGUACAUUUUCUUUUCUGUUUUUUUUUUUUGUCUGAUAUGCAAGCUUAAGUAUUCCUUGUUGUUUAAAGUUUUAUUUUGUUUGCCAACAUUUUAUUUAUUGUCAAAUUUGCUGUUUGUUUAUGCCAAGAGAGUUUUAUGAGAAUGUAAUGUUUUUUUGUUUUUGUUUUUUGUUGUUUCUGUUUUUUUGCCGUGCUGUCGCAUUUGCAUUCUGGUCCUAUGGAGGCCAUCUAGUGAAAAGAAAUAAAGCAACACUGGAUUCUUCUAAUCCACAAAACAGUCUUUACUAAUUGUUUGUGGCUUUUUUUAAAUCUCUGUUUAUUUUUAUUUUUUUAUUUAUUUUUUUUGGCAGUAAAUCUCUCAUCUAACAAUCACCAUUUUCCUUUCAUAUCACCACAUUGAGGUCAAACCCAGUUUUGUUCUCCUAAAUUUGCCUUUGCUAGUUUUAAACUUUUUUUAAUGAGUAAUAAAAAAUUUCAGCACAAACAAGGAAAAUUAACUGGACAGUAAUAAAGCAUUAUUAUUGCUGUUUCUCUUGUGAUGAACGGGGAAUUUCCUUUUGGUUAAAGAGAAGCGUAUCAUAUUUGGUUUGUGGAAGGUAAUUUGGUAAUUCUUCUUUAUAUUGAUUAGCAUUUGAAAGGUAAAAGAAAUACCAUAAUUCAAAUACCAUUUUUCAGCAAAAUAUCCAAUAUUUUUAGUUUUAUCUGAUAGAUAUGUUGCUGUUGUUGUACCCGAGGUGUACCUUCAAUAUAAAAUAAAAUACUGGGGCUUUUAAGAAGCCCUGUUCAAACCUUUUCUAUUAAAUGUCCCCUUUUGCUGUUACUGGAUAUAUUGUUUUAUAUCUACGAAAAUAAUAUAGGAAGUAAUUAAUUUAUUACUGGUCCAAGAAAAAAGGGUUUAUGAAUGAGCAUUUCCAAAAUGUCUCUACGUGCGUGUGUGAGCGUGUGAAACUCAAUUGUGUUGCAGGUCAUUGUAAGUCAAUAAAGAUCUUUUUCUUUA